AUGACAUCAACCGUACCCCACCGUCCGCCACCCUCUCAUCCUUCCGAUUCCGACUCUUCCGACUCAGAUUCCACCUCAACCACCCCCAAACCCCAGCACCACACCGAUUUUUCCAACACAAUCUUCAGAUCCUAUAUCGAGAUUUCCGGUCUUGAAUCUCCGGACCUCACUAAAAUCCGAUCAUUCUUGACCUCAUCACGCUCCGGCGCACUAUCAUGUCUCAUAUGCCUCGAACGCAUUCGUCCCUCAGAUCCCACUUGGUCCUGCUCAUCCCGUUGCUUUGCUGUUUUCCAUCUUCUCUGCAUCCAGUCAUGGGCUCGCCAAUCCUCCGAUCUUUCUUCCCUACGCGCCGCCUCUCGAGGUGCAGAUGAUCGCAAUUCCACUUGGAACUGCCCUAAGUGUCGUAUUGAGUUCCCCAAAACCCUGAUCCCUAAAACCUACACUUGUUUCUGUGGUAAAGUUGAAAACCCUCCUCACGAUCCCUGGAUUUUGCCUCAUUCUUGCGGAGAAAUAUGUAAUCGGUCGUUAAAAUAUGAUUGUGGGCACAAAUGUUUGCUUCUCUGCCACCCAGGACCUUGUCCGGCCUGCCCCAAGCUCAUUAAAUCGCGUUGCUUCUGUGGGGGCGUCCAAGAUAUCAAACGCUGCGGAUUUAAGGAAUUCUCAUGUAACAAAACUUGCUCCAAGUUAUUAGAUUGUAAGGCACAUUGCUGUCUUGAGAUAUGCCAUGACGGAGAUUGCCCACCGUGCAGGGCGGAGGGAGUUUACAAGUGUCAUUGCGGUAAGGUUCAAGAGAAAAGAGAGUGUUUCCAGAGGGACUUUAGGUGUGAGACCCCAUGUGAGAAACUGCUUGGAUGUGGGAAACAUGUUUGUAGCAAAGGGUGUCAUGAAGGAGAAUGUGGGGAUUGCCCAUUACAGGGGAAACGUACAUGCCCUUGCGGGAAGCGAAUUUAUGAAGGUAUGGCUUGUGAUGUUGUAGUGCCAUCGUGUGGUGGGACCUGCGAUAAGAAGCUGAUAUGCGGAAUUCAUCGGUGUCCAGAGAGGUGUCACCGUGGGCCUUGUGUUGAAACUUGUAGAAUUGUUAUCACAAAAUCUUGCAAAUGUGGGAGCUUGAAGAAACAGGUCCCUUGUUAUCAAGAUGUAGUAUGUGAAAGGAAAUGCCAGCGAGUGCGGGAUUGUGGACGCCAUGCUUGCAAGCGGCGGUGUUGUGAUGGUGAUUGUCCUCCUUGUUCAGAGAUAUGUGACAAGAAGCUAAGAUGCAGGAAUCACAAAUGCCCAUCUCCUUGCCACAGAGGUGCUUGUGCUCCAUGUCCAGUAAUGGUGACUAUUUCAUGUUUUUGCGGUGAAACACACUUUGAGGUUCCUUGUGGUACUGAAAAGGAGCAGAAACCUCCUAAAUGCUCGAAACGGUGUCGUAUAAAUCCUUUAUGCAGGCAUAAGUCAAUUACCAAGCCACAUAAGUGCCAUUAUGGAGCCUGCCCACCAUGUCGGCUGGUUUGCGAUGAAGACUAUCCUUGUGGGCAUAAAUGUAAACUAAGGUGCCAUGGUCCUAUUCCUCCUCCUAAUCCUGAGUUCACAUUGCGACCAAAGAAAAAGAAGCCAAAUCUUCCGAUUGAAAGUACUCCUGGUUCUGUAUGCCCACCUUGCCCAGAACUUGUUUGGAGGUCAUGUGUUGGUGAACAUGUUGGAGCUGAGAAGAUGAUGGUUUGCUCAAAUAAAGCAAAAUUUUCUUGUGAUAAUUAUUGUGGAAACCUUCUGCCAUGUGGCAAUCAUUUUUGCACUAAAACCUGCCAUGCCCUCAAGAUUCCCGGAUCAGGUCGGUAUGAAAAAGGCGAGCAAUGUGAGGAGUGUAAUCUACGUUGCCAAGAGGAGAGAAAACCUAUGUGUCCACAUCCCUGUCCCCUGCGCUGUCAUCCUGGAGAAUGCCCCCCUUGCAAGGUGCUAAUAAAGCGAUCAUGUCAUUGUGGUGCUAUGGUUCAUGUUUUUGAGUGCUUAUAUUACAACAGCUUGUCUGAAAAGGAGCAGAUAGCUGUCCGUUCAUGUGGAGGACCCUGCCACAGAAAACUACCCAACUGCACACAUCUGUGUCCAGAGAUAUGUCAUCCUGGUCAUUGCUCAUCACCUGAAAAAUGCUCCAAAAAGGUUGUGGUCAGAUGUGGAUGCCAAACCUUGAAAAAAGAGUGGGCAUGCCAACAAGUUCAAGCAGCGUAUCACAGUAGUGGCCGUGAUCCAAAAGAUAUAUCUAAAAAUCAAUUUGGUCUUGGACUUCUUUCGUGCAACUCGGAUUGCAAAAGUAAAGUCAAAGUUGAUGAUACAGACUUGCACCUUCGGAAAUCUAAGGCUCCUGAGAAAAAGGAACCCGAUGUGGAAAAUCAUGCAAGAAAGCGUAAAAGAAGGAAAGACAAAGUCCACCAAGACCACCAAGUCUCAACAUUCCAGAAAAUUAUGGAGUUUCUUCGGAAACUAUUGGUGGUGUUGGUGAUUGUUGCGAGUUUGAUAGCAGUGGCAUAUUAUGGUUACAAAGGGCUCUUAUGGGUUAAUGAUUGGAUGAAUGAAAUUGAAGCACAAAGAGAAAGAAAGAGAUAUCCAAGAAUGUAAACCUGGAAUUCUUGAUGGAAUCCUAGAUGAGAUAAUAGGUGGUGGGAGGGAAGGUAGUAGUUAGUUGGCAAAUUACAAAAGCAAGUGGCCAACCCUUGAAAAAUCUGUACUUUUUUAGUGUAUGUUUUGUUUUGUUUAUUCAUAAAGAUUCUGCAGCUAUGCUUGAAAUAAUCAAUCAUGAAAGAUCCUCUAGAAGCAUUGGUUUUGUUACAAUAAGGUAGAUGAAUUGGAUCUG